CUUCUAAAAACAUUACCGCUGCCAACUCGUUCUUAUUCAGGUAUGCACUGCACACUCUGGAAGACAGAACGAGCUCUCGCCGUUAAUCCCUCAAUUUAAUGCACCUCUUCUCCUAAACUCCUACGCCUUAUUUUUUCCCUUGAAGAUAUAAAACAAAAACAAAGAAAAAGCAUAGAAAUAAGAGAAAACUGCCGGUGAGAGAGAGAAGCAGCUCGAAGAAUUGAAUCGCCUUGCUUUUUGUUUGACUCGAUAAAAGUUCUUAGCUCUGAAUAAUGGAAGAUCUGAAGUGAUUAUGCAAUUGUCUUACAGAUCCUGGGACGGAACCUUUGAUCCAGCUUGUAACCGCAGAUUAUAUUCCUUCUCAAGUUUGAGGUGACGCUUCGUCGAUGUUUUUAGAGAAAUCAGCUCUGACUUUUGUUACGCAAUGCAGUUAGAGAGGCCUAACCGAAGAACCGAGGCUCUUACUGAUUUCUUUUGUUGAAGCUUGUAGCUUAGAAGAGAAUCAGGUUUUAGAUUUGAUUGAGAGGAAAGGAUGGCAUCUGUGUGGGAACAUUUUGGAGAAGUUGCAAAUGUAGCCCAGCUCGCUGGGUUUGAUGCAGUGCGGUUAAUAGCUAUGAUAGGUAAAGCUGCAAGCACGGCCCGAAUGCACAAGAAGAAUUGCAGGCAAUUCGCACAGCAUCUCAAGUUGAUCGGUAACUUGCUGGAGCAGCUUAAGAUCUCGGAGCUUAAGAGGUAUCCGGAGACGCGUGAGCCAUUGGAGCAACUUGAGGAUGCAUUAAGGAGGGCUUACAUUUUGGUCAAUAGCUGUCAGGAUAGGAGCUAUCUGUAUCUCCUGGCCAUGGGAUGGAACAUCGUGUAUCAGUUUAGGAAGGCCCAGAAUGAAAUCGACCAGUAUUUGAAGAUUGUUCCUCUUAUCACGCUGGUGGAUAAUUCUCGAGUCAGGGAGAGACUAGAAGUUAUAGAGAAAGAUCAACAUGAAUACACAUUGGAUGAAGAGGACCGAAGGGUGCAAGAUGUUAUACUGAAACCAGAACCGUCAACAAACGAUGCCAUAAUAUUGAAAAAAACUCUUUCUUGCUCAUAUCCAAAUUUGUGUUUUAAUGAAGCACUUCGAAAGGAAAACGAAAAGCUCCAAGUGGAAUUACAACGAUCUCAAUCUAGUUAUGAUGUCCAGCAGUGUGAAGUAAUCCAGCAUUUGCUUGAGGUAACAGAAGUUGCUGCUGCAACUUCGGUUCCAGAUAAGAGGUCGAAGAAAGUAGAGCGUAAUUACUCAGAUGCCAAUAGUGAGAAAGGUCAUUCGUAUGAUGAAAUCUCUCCUAAGAAACCUGGUUCACGCAUAACUUCAAUAAACACAUCUUCAGUUUCAUCAGGACGUGAUCUGCUCUCUGAUAGAGGUUCGGAUCGAUAUGACGAAUGGCAUGCUGAUUUGCUUGGUUGUUGCUCAGAACCAUAUUUGUGUAUAAAGACAUUCUUCUGUCCUUGUGGUACGCUUUCAAAGAUUGCUACUGUGGCAACAAACAGGCACAUGUCUUCUGCAGAAGCAUGCAAUGAAUUGAUGGCAUAUUCAUUGAUAUUGUCAUGCUGUUGCUACACAUGCUGUGUUAGAAGGAAGCUUCGCAAGGCGUUAAACAUCACGGGUGGAUUUAUUGAUGAUUUCCUCUCACAUUUGAUGUGCUGCUGUUGCGCCCUUGUUCAAGAAUGGCGAGAAGUAGAGAUACGUGGGUUUAAUGGGUCAGAGAAGACUAAAACAAGCCCGCCACCAUCACAAUUUAUGGAAUCAUGAGUAACAGGACAGGAUAGGAUUCAAAGCUUUUCCCUUUUUUUUUUUUUGUUUUUUUUGGAGGUUUAAUAUAUAGAGCGUAACCCUCCUUAGUGGCCUCUGUGAAAUGAAAACUGUACUAAGAAUAUGGCGCCCUUUGCUUUUGAACCUAUAGAUAUGUAAAUUAGUCCAAUUAUUUGAGGAGAUUCAUUCACCUCAUGUUGUAUUAUACACUAAUUUUUAGCUGUAUAGUGGUUUUGGAUUUAGUUUAUUAAA